UGCCAUGAUAUGGGGCGACAAAUGCGGCGCAGCCAUCAGUGUGCAUAGUCCUCCACAGCCCGUUACCCGCGGAUUUCUACUAAACAGUCGGCUGAUAUUUUUGGCCAGGGAUCCUCUCCUCCAGCUCCUCUCUGUUUUCAGAUUAUGCGGUGGUUUCUGAAGCCAAACAUGGUGUAACAGCUCAGCUCUCCGGUCCGUGAAGAAGAUUGGACUGAGCCAGGAUGUCCAGUAGCUCAGGCUACACCCCCAGCCAGGGGAACUUCAGUAGCGAGCAGAGCCGAUACCCAUCCCAUUCUGUCCAGUACUCCUUCAGCAACACACGCCACCAACAGGAUUUCGCGGUCUCAGACUACAGGACACACAUGCAGGAUCCACAGGGCCGGAGAAGACCAUCCUUAUUGUCUGAAUUUCACCCAGGAGCAGAAAGGCCACCAGAGAGACGCCAUGGCUACGAACAGCAGUUUCACUCAGUCACAACAUUGGCAGAACACGAAGCACUGGAAGCUAAACGUCCACGGAUCGAGGCUAUUACUGAGGCCCACAUCACCCGGACUCCUUCCACAGCUGGAGGAAUCAUUAUGCCCAUACCACAUUCAGUACAAGACAGCCUCCGAGCUACUGUGGAGGUAAAGAAGGAGGCACCGUACACAGUGAAGGUGGACUGCACUUCUCCAGGAGGGCCGUCUCUCCAUUUGAUGGAGGAUCAGGACACUUCACCUUCUAAGUUAUCAAAAGAAGAACUGAUCCAGAGCAUGGACCGGGUGGACAGAGAGAUUGCUAAAGUGGAGCAACAGAUUUUUAAGCUUAAGAAAAAGCAGCAACAACUUGAGGAAGAGGCAGCGAAGCCAGUUGAGCCAGAAAAGCCAGUGACGCCUCCCCCAGUGGAACACAAGCACCGCAGCAUAGUCCAAAUAAUCUAUGAUGAGAACCGGAAAAAGGCUGAAGAAGCUCACAAAAUCCUGGAAGGUCUUGGUCCAAAAGUUGAGCUGCCCCUCUACAAUCAGCCGUCAGACACCAAGGUGUACCAUGAUAACAUUAAGACUAACCAAGUCAUGAGGAAGAAGUUGAUUUUGUUUUUCAAGAGGAGGAACCAUGCACGCAAACAGAGAGAACAGAAGAUCUGUCAGCGCUAUGACCAGUUGAUGGAAGCUUGGGAAAAGAAGGUUGAACGCUUGGAGAACAACCCGAGGCGCAAAGCCAAGGAGACCAGAACAAGAGAGUACUAUGAAAGGCAAUUCCCUGAAAUCCGCAAGCAGAGAGAACAACAGGAACGCUUUCAGAGGGUUGGACAAAGAGGCACUGGUCUUUCUGCAACCAUUGCAAGGAGUGAGCAUGAGAUUUCUGAAAUCAUUGAUGGCCUGUCUGAGCAGGAGAACAAUGAGAAACAGAUGCGACAGCUGUCUGUCAUCCCACCAAUGAUGUAUGACUCUGAGCAACGGCGAGUGAAAUUCAUUAACAUGAAUGGCUUAAUGGAUGAUCCAAUGAAGGUGUACAAGUCUCGACAGUUCAUGAACGUUUGGACCGAACAUGAAAAGGAAAUCUUUAAAGAGAAGUUUGUCCAACACCCCAAGAACUUUGGCCUGAUUUCCUCCUAUCUGGAAAGAAAGUGUGUUGCAGACUGUGUCUUGUACUACUACUUGACCAAAAAGAACCACAACUACAAGACACUGGUUAGGCGGAACUAUGGAAGACGAAGAGGAAGAAAUCAGCAAAUAACACGUCCAUCACAAGAAGACAAGUCAGAUGACAAAAACGAAGAAGACAAGUCCGAGAAGUCAGAGAAAAAAGAGGACGAGGAGAAGAAAGACGAGGAAGAAAAAGAUGAAAAAGAGGAUCCUAGGGACAUUGGCAAGGAUAAAGACAAAUGUGAAGGUGGGGAAGACGAGGACGGAAAGGAGCAAAACGCACCUCGUGGCAGGAAGACUGCCAACAGCCAAGGUCGGAGGAAAGGAAGAAUCACCACACGCUCCAUGGCCAAUGAGGCUGCAUCUAUGGUGGCAGAGGAAGCGCCAACCUCUGCUGCAGACGCCGCUCCAGAUCCUCCUCAGGUCCAAAAAUCGGACAAUGCUCAGAAAUCUUUGAAAGAGCCCGCCAAACCACAGACACCAGUGGCUUCUGUGGAUACCAAUAAAGUUGGUGCUAGUGAAACUGGAGAAACGUCCCGCUGGACUGAAGAAGAGAUGGAAGUCGCCAAAAAAGGUUUGGUCGCACAUGGGCGAAACUGGACAGCCAUCGCCAAAAUGGUGGGCACCAAAAGUGAGGCUCAGUGCAAGAACUUUUAUUUCAAUUACAAGAGACGACACAAUCUGGACAACUUGCUCCAGCAACAUAAACAGGAUACACGACGGGCUCGUGCUUACCGAUCUCAAGGUGACGGACCUUCCACGGCAUCCCCUGAUGAUGAAGAUGAAGACAACGCAGAUGACAGUGAGGGUGGCGACAACAGUUCAGAUACAGAAAGCGCACCGUCACCGCCUCAAGUGGACUCUUUGAAGUCCGGUGUCUCCAAGAGACCAGACAGUGCUGUAGGGGAUACUCAGAGCUCCGACCCAGACCCAGAGAAAGCUGAAGCCAGCGGCGGUAAAGGUCCUGAUCCAUCAUACGGGGAACUCCGUGUAAAAGAAGAGAAAAGCCCAGAGAGUGAGAACGGAUUACAAGAAGAUAAGUCCCGGCCUGCCCCAUUUACAGAUCCCGUUCAUCCAAAAACUGAGCCUCAGGAUUUGGACAUGAAGUCUGGGGAGGUGCAAGUUAAGACUGAGCCAGAGAUGAAGGAGAAGGGUGACAAGGUACCUCUUGGUGAAAAGCAAAGAGAAGUUCAUUCAGAUAAUGACUCCAGCGCCACCUGCAGUGCUGAUGAGGAUGUGGAACCAGAACCUGACAGACACAGCAGAAUAUUCUCGAUGGAAAAGCCUUCACUGCUUAGCCCCCCAGGCACAGUAUUGGUGGCAUCUCCAAAGCAAUCUUCUUUGAACAUUCAGCAGCUUCACCAGCGAGCUGCUGCUAUCCCACCUAUGGUUCCAUUUGGACCUGGUGGAGUGUCAAUCAGUGGCUUCACCAUGUUGCAGCACCAAAUCAAAGCAGUACAUGCCUCUGCGCACCAGGAAGAAAGACAAAGGCAAGAUCAGGGAGACCAAGAACAAAGAGGACUCUACAACACCCGAAGCCCAACUGUACUGGACAGAGAGGUUCUUCACCACGCAUCCAGCCAAAUGGGCCAGAGUAUACAAGAUGGAGUUAGAGUGACAUUCAACAGACCUAAUCGGCCUCCAAACAUUCCCUCUCCUCCGCCUCUCAUUCCAACAACUAAGCCCGAUAAGCCCUCUUUUAUUCACGGAGGCUCCAUCUCCCAGGGAACUCCUGGAACAUACUUGCCUUCUCAUGCUCUGUAUGGACCAGAGGGAACGAAGAGCUCAGUGGGUUCAAUCUCUCUUGGACUUCCUCGGCAGCAGGAUCCAAAUAAGCCUGGAGCACCCUUAUCUUCCAUGCAGGAUGCCAGAGGAAGUUUAUCAAAGGUGGGUGAAGGUCUGGCUUUCCGAGGAUCAAUCACUCAGGGAACACCCGCACUUUCUCAAUCUAGCAUUGCUGCUGAUCUCCUCAAGGGCACAAUCACCAAGCUGGCCACAGAGGACUUGGCCAGCUCGGACAAGACCAGAGAACAGAUGGCCAAAGGUCAUGUGAUUUAUGAGGGCAAGAGUGGUCACAUCCUCUCCUAUGAUGCAAUCAAGAACACAAGGGAAAACACCCGCAGCCCCAGAACUGGCCAUGAGUUAAAGCGCAAUUAUGACAUGAUGGAAGGAGCCAUGGGCAGGGGUCAUCUCAGCAGGGAAGGGGCACCGUUUGAGGGACUUAUCAGCAGAGCUCUACCGAGAGAAACUAUCCAUGGUGAUUCUAAGGAUCGGCCCUUAGUCACUGGCUCUAUCAUGCAAGGGACUCCCAGAACUGCAGCAGAGACGUAUGAGGAUACUUUAAAGUAUGGAAAGCAGAUUAAGAGAGAGAGCCCACCUAUUCGCUCCUUUGAAGGAGGCAUUGGGAAGGGAAAGCCCUAUGAAGGAGUAAAUACAAUCAAAGAGACUGGACGCUCCAUUCAUGAAAUCCCACGACAGGAGCUGCCAGGACAAGAGAGUUGCAAAACACCCGAGCUGUCGGACAGAAAGAGUGUAGAGGGAUCUAUAUCCCAGGUUCACUCCAUGACCCAGCCUACUCUCAAGCAUAAUGUCAAGUCCCUGAUCACUAGUCCCAGUAAACUCCAGCAUGGUCUCUCCUCCCAAUUGGAGGCCAUGGAACGGGCCAAAUAUGAAGAGGUCAAAGCAGUUCGCCAUACCUCAGUGGUUAACUCCACCUCAGUCCUUCGCUCCACGCAUCAGGAGGCUGGCAAAUCCCAGCUAAGCCCAAGCAUGUACGAAGAUCCAAAUGCCCGUAGGACCCCGGUGAAUUACAGCAGCAACCCAGCGACCAGAGGCUCUCCUAUGCUCCGAGUGGAAGGUGGAAUCAGCUCUUCGAAGUCUGCUGCUCACGAGAGGAAGAAUGCCAUGACCCCAAAUCAGAGGGAAAGCAUUCCAGCCAAGUCUCCAGUGACAGGCGCUGACCCUGUAGCAUCUCAUAGCCCCUUUGACCCCCAUCAUCAGCCUCUUAUUCCUGGAGAUAUGUACCGUGCACAUCUGCCUCCACGCCUCGACCCAACACUUGCCUUCCACAGAGUGAUGGACCCUGCAUUCAUGUUCCCGAGGCAGCCGUCCCCAACGAGCUACCACAACACUUACCAGCUCUACACCAUGGAAAACACAAGGCAGACCAUACUCAAUGAUUACAUCACUUCACAGCAGAUGCAAGUCAUCCCUCGCCCUGACAUGGCACGUGGUCUUUCACCGAGGGAGCAACCAGUCCCUAUUCCUUAUGUGCCCGGAGCACGAGGGAUUAUUGAUCUAGCCCAGAUGCCUCCAACUAUCCUGUUGCCUCACCCUGGGGGUCCAGGUACCCCCACUUUGGAACGCAUCGCCUACCUCCCUGGAGCUCAGCCCCCUUUUCCUCCUAGGGCUUUCAACCCAACUUCCAUAUCACCAGGUCAUCAAGCCCACCUUGCCGCAGCUGCUGCCGCUGCCGCCAAUGUGGAGAGGGAGCGUGACAGAGAGAAGCAGGAAAAAGAGAGGGAGAAGGAGAGGGAACUCAGAGAGCGAGAGCGCGACAGAGAAAUGAGGGAUAGAGACCGGGAGCGAUCCAAUGAAUACAUCCGUAGUGGUGGUCCUGAGCAACCAGGGCGACCUGGGAGUCAAGGAUAUCUGCACUCCCCAUCUCCUUCCCAUAGGACACAGGAAGUGGUGGCUCAGCAGCGUCCCAGCAUCUUUCAAAGCAAAAGUGUUAUAACUUCUCUAAAUCCUCAUUCGUCAGCAACAACAGCAGCAUCCCAGAACUCUCGCUAUAACACGGCUGCAGAUGCGCUGGCAGCUCUAGUAGAUGCUGCGGCCUCUGCACCGCAGAUGGAUGUGGCCAAGUCAAAGGAAAGCAAACAUGAUCGUGAUGAUGACGUUGCUUCUCAUCGGCGAGCAGCCAGUCUCUCAGAGCAGCAGCAGCAGCAGGAGGUAGAUAGGCAGCCCAUGCACUUACCUUACAGUGCUAUGCCACUAUCGGGUGGCAAGCCUCAUCAAGCUUACCCUGAAAGCAUUGGUGGUAAGGAUAAGGGACCACAGACCUCCAAGUCCCGUAUUGAAGAGGAGCUUCGAACUCGUGGGAAGACGACAAUCACAGCCGCUAACUUCAUUGAUGUCAUCAUUACACGCCAGAUAGCACCCGAGAAAGACUCAAGAGAACGAGGUUCUCAGAGCUCAGAUUCCUCCAACCCUACACCGUCCAAUCGGUAUGAAAACCCUGGUGGGGGAGCAAUUGAAGUCAUAAGUCCUGCCGGUUCCCCUGUCCAACAACCAGACAAGCCGGAGGACUCUCAAGUACCACAACCAGGUGGUGUCCGUGCUUAUGAAGUCAGUCAUUACCGGCCAACUGUAGAGACUUCCCAGUCAACUUCUCAGCAGCCACCCUCCUCCCAGGUGGACUCUUACGCCCAGGUUCCCAAGACACACAGAGUCAUGACCUUGGCUGACCAUAUAUCACAAAUUAUAACGCAAGACUUUGCCCGAAAUCAAGACCCUCCUCCAACUUCGUCAAGUUCUGCCUUGUUUCAGAAUGUCGUACCCCCGGUGUCUUCCUCAAGUCGAACCAAGAUGCCCAACCGUUAUAGUCCAGAGAAUCAAAUUCAAGCUCUGCAUCAGCACAGGCCUUCCAGCAGAGUUUCCCCAGAAAAUGCUCCUGACAAACCCAGAGCCAGGCCUGGGAAGUCUCCGGAGCGCAGGCCAAUGGAGAACUAUGAACCCAUAUCUCCUCCGCAGAGCUACCAAGGGAUGGAGAAACAAGACAGCGGCCCUUCAAUACAAAGGAGAGAAGCAGACAACUCUGAAAUAAGGUUGGACUCACGGUCACCAGGAAGUGUGGCUUACCUGCCCUCCUUCUUCACCAAGCUGGAGAGCACUUCCCCGAUGGUGAAAUCCAAAAAGCAGGAGAUCUUUCGUAAGUUGAAAACCACAUCUGGUGUCGGGGAUUCUGAUGUUGGUAAUGCACAACCAGGAACAGAAAUUUUCAAUCUGCCUGCUGUGACCAGCUCUAGCAGCAUAAAUCCCAGAAAUCACUCCUUUAGUGAUCCAGCUAGUAACCUGGGCUUAGAGGACAUCAUUCGCAAGGCCUUGAUGGGCAACCUGGAGGAGAGACAGGAGGAGCACCAGGGAGGUGUUGGCUCUAUCACCAGCGGCUCCAGUGCAGGCGGCGAUGCUCGCCAUGAGGCCAAUCGAUCGCCGAGCAUUGCCAAGCAGAAGCAGAGCAAAGCUAGCAGUCGAAAGACCAAGUCUCCUAAUGUAGGUCAGGCGUAUGCUUCAAAUGACCGGCCCUCGUCAGUGUCGUCCGUCCACUCCGAUGGAGACUAUCACAGACAAGCUCAGGCACAGUGGAGCUGGGAUGAACGGCCCUCUUCAGCAGGGUCCAUGCAGUUUCCGUACAACCCACUGACCAUGCGUAUUCUGAGUGGCACACCACCCACCUCCAUUGCUUCACCCUCCAUACAGAGCCAGCAGCAGCAGCAGCAGCCUCCAUCUUCAGCUGGCGCCCCUGGCCACCAGCGCGUGUGGCAAUCCUUGCUGUCUGAGCAGUACGAGACCCUGUCAGACAGUGAUGACUGAGGCUUGUGCUCAUGUAAUGUGACCAUAAGAGAAUGAAGGCGUGUGCCUGGAUGGUGACCCCCUCCCUCAAAAGGACUCUUGCUCAGCGGCCAGUUUGUCAAGGAAAUGGGGUGGUGUUUUAUUUUUUUAAUGGUGCUAUGGCACCCCCUGACUUGUUACAAAAAAUACAGACUGAGGCAGGGCUUUCCAGCAAGUGUCCAUUUGGAACUGAAGCAUAAACAGAACUUGUGAAGGUAGGAAGGGCAGAGGGUGUGAAAAUGUUGCCGAACUUGACUUGUAAAAAGCGUAAGAGACACAUUUUGGAAAUUUGUAGGAUUUCUGUAAACAUACCUUGUCUUUAAGAAAAUCAUUUUAUGUAAAUAGGGUGAACUUUUGCAGUGUUUUCUGAACUUUUUUUUUUAUUUUAUUGAUGCUUUUUAAAACUAUCCACUUUAAGCUGGAAGGGGUUGUGUGGGUCUUUGUACUCGCAUAUUGUUUCUUCCAGCAUUCACAGUGCCCAACAUUACUUGACAUCCACUUUAAUGACAGAGGUUUUCUCUCUCUGCUCAAACUGGAGCCACAGAGGUCUGUCAGUCUCUGACCUCCACCAAUCACCACCAGAGCCUGAACAUUACAAUAUCAUCAAUUACAAAGGAAAAACAAUGCAUUCUCACAAACUUUCACCACUGUGGUCCAGGCCUGGCUUCAUACGGUUGUGAGUGAAAAUCACUUGACAGAAAAGUAAGUUGAAGAACACUGGUGCAUUGUCAUAGUGGUGACACAUCUGGCAUAAACGGUGUUGUGACAGAACCAAUGACUACUCCUCUGAACCCCCUAGGAAUUUACAAAGUGAGCCAUUUUUAACCACACAAGCUGACAGGUCUUGUCACAUGUUUCUUUCUUUGUGUCCAACCAGAUUAAACUGCUUUGCAAUGUUGUCAUGGUGAAAAAAAUCAGCACGUCAGGAACAUGUUUUGUGAUGGUUUUGCCAUGCCUUGUGACUUGAGUAAGAAGGCAGCUUUAACUAAUUUUCUCAGAGAUUUACUUUUGGUGUUUGUGUGUACUUGUUUCCAUAGUCCACCUUAUUAAUUUUUUUUUUUUUCUCAAUACUGCCCUUCAAUGAAAUCUGACCUGUCUUGUGUCUUUCCAUCACACAAAAGACAACCUCACCAAACAAAGAAUGGUCUGCAACAUUUUUGCACUUUUUUUUGCUUUAUAACUUGUGACGAAAAGCAUACUACCUGCUGUGUAACUUAUUUAGGAGUAUUCAGUGAUGUGCUUCAACAUUUUUCAGCGCCCACAGAAAUCUGGAUGUUUUUACUUACUGUCUUUUCUUGUAGCUGGUAAAUAAGUUAUUUGUAUAACCUUUGCAUUGCAGUUAUACUGUUAAAUAUUUAGGGGAUUUUUUUUUUCUCAACCACAUAACUUUUGCUUUCAAUAUGUUCAUAAGCAAGGCGCUUUAUCAUGCAAUAAAUAUCUAGGUCAAAAAUGGCAGUCAUAUUCUUUUACAAAUGUUUACCCUUUCCUAUAUUUUUCUUUGCUCUACAUGUCUCUUCUUGUCAUCACCAAUGUGUGUAUAUAUAUAUAUACAUAUAUAUGUAUAUAUAUAUACAUAUAUAUAUUAUAUACACAGACACACUUUUUUUCUCUGUCUUCCCUCCAUGCACUUCUGAGUUGAGGAUAUUGAUAUGUUUACUGAGGCAGUGACAGACAAAGUGUACCAACUUGAAAUUUAAAUAAAUCAGACAUGAAGAUGAUAAUCAAUUGGAACUUCGUAUUGGACAUUAAUCACAAGGUGAUGAUUUUUUUUUUCUCUCCUUUGGAACUGAGACUUGAAAACGCUUGUAUAUGAUGAAUUGCAAUGUAUGUAUCGCACAAUGUCUCUUAGCAGGCUAUGACAGGAGUUCAGACCAAUCAAAUAAAGUGGAUCAGUUUUAACCCACUGAAA